AUGGCGCGCUUACGCCUGGGCUACACAAAGUCGCGCACCGGCUGCCUGAGAUGCAAGCAGCGCAGAGUCAAGUGCGAUGAAACAAAGCCGUCCUGCAAAGCCUGUGUCCGCCAUGGCGUCGAAUGCAGCCUUUCAUUGUCAACUGACCCCAACAAUGCCAACUCUCCGUCCCCCGCUAGCUCCGCUAAUCAUGCGGGCAUCCCAUCGCCGGGCCCGUCGCCGGGCCCACAGUCACACCUAGCACCGUCCCGAAGAAGCCGGCCCAGAAGCAUCAACCCCAAGCCUAGCGAUAACCCCCCAUUCCAACCCCCUCCUUCCAUUACCGUCCCACCGGGAGAUCUCCAUGGCCCGGAAGCCGAACCUUCCCCGCACGGGUCGGCCCUCACCAUGACCGGUUCCCCACUAGCAACCACCCCAGAUCCAUUUCCGUACCUCGCCAAGUUUGUGACCGGCCCGCCGGAAGAGGACACGGCAGACUGGGUCUUUGACCUGGAGCUGCUCCACCACUUCACCACGUGCACGUAUCCGACCUUCAUGAUCGACCGCUCGCGAACCGAGACGAACCGGAUGUGGCAGAUCGAGGUACCCAAGCAGGCCUUUGUCCACGUCUUCCUGCUGCAUCAAAUCCUGGCCAUCGCAUCGUACCACCUGGCCUAUCUGCAUCCCCAAAGUCGCCAAGCAUACGCCCUCCGCGCCUCGCACCAUCAAAACGCCGGCAUCCGGCUCAUGCGCGUCGCCCUGUCCGACAUCUCGCCCGCCAACUGCCACGCUCUGUUCGUCUCUUCGUCGCUGCUCUUCAUCGGGUCACUUGCCGCGUCGUCCUCAACCAAACCCUCCGCGGAUGGUCCUACGGUGGACGAUCUCGUGGAUGUGCUGAUGCUAGUCAAGGGUAUGGGCAGCGUCCUGGACUCGUCAAAAGAGCUGCUGCGCUCAGGGCCGCUCUCGGAGCUCUUUGUCCUGCACGCCUGCCCAGACCAGCUCAAUCCCGCCUUGGAUCGAGUCGUCCUCGCCGUGGGCGACUUUUUGGUCGAGAUUGCCGAGACAGAGCCCGAUGCCCAUGUGCGUGCCACCGUCCACGCCGACGCCUACCGCAUGGUGACGGCCAUCCGCGAGGCCCUUGGGAAGUCGGCAGGGCCGGAAUAUCACGUGGUCGCCGCCUGGCCGAUCCAUAUGUCGGACGAUCUGAUACCGCUGCUGCGCCAGAGGAACCAGGCUGCCUUGGCCCUAUUGUCGUACUACUGCGUCGUGUUCCACGCGGCGGAGCUGCAAGGGUAUUGGUUCAUGCGGGGCUGGGCACCGGGCGUGAUCCGUGACAUCUCGCGAACCAUGGCUGGGCCGUGGAAGCGCCACUCGGCUUGGGCGCUGGGAUGGAUCACCGGGCAUGCUGCCAUAGGUUGA